CUUUUUAAAACAGCCGAAAGGUUGAAACUUUGAGAGUAGUAGCGGCGAGAUCUGUGAGUUUUAAAGGUUCGAUCUUUGAUUGAAUAGUUUUAUUUGCUGUAGGAGAUAGGCUUGGUUUUAUGUAACUUUUGGUAGUGGUGGUCUUUUCGUUUACAGAUUCAGUAUGUGUUUUAAGUUUCGUUUUAUGGUUUUGAUCGUUAAGUUGCCAAGUGAUGAUUGAAAAAUUUGCGCAAGGGUUUUGAGUUUUGGAUGAUCGGAGGUUACUCUGAUCUGAAUGAACCGUGACAAAAUCAUUUUCUUACAAUACAUUCUGAUGGCAGCUGAUCAAUGUUCAAAUCUAUCAAACUCAUUCGAUUUUUUUUGUAUUGUUAGUUUAGAAGCUUGUUUUUGGGGGCUUCUAAAGAAUUAGCCUAUUAUGUUUGGAAAAUUUUCCUCAUGUUUAGACAUCAUAAUUCUGAGAAACUAUGAGAAGUCAUAAAAAUCUGUUUUUUCUUAUGAUUCAUGCUCUGCUAAUCUUGCUCAAAGGGCUUUUUGAGCUCCUGACGCUUGUUUUAUGUGAUGGAAUAACUGUGAAAAGUUUUUGUUUUCUAUCCUCGUUUUGAUGGUUUGGGCUGCAUGAUAUGGAUAAUGGAUCUAUGAGCUACCAGGACUAUGCUAGAUUCUGGUCUGGACAUAAGUUGCUAUUGAUGUGUGCUGUGGAUUGGAAUUAAUGACUCUGUUAUCUGAAGGAAUCAUUGAAGUCGUUCACUAUUAAGAUCUCAUUUAGUUGCACCUUCUUACUUUCAUUUUGAGAUUUUAUACUUUGUGACCGUCCUGAAAGAUACAUGGAAUUAUGGAAACGCUUUGACUUAGUUAUGUUUACUGGUACCUAUAACACUGCAAUACUCAAAUCUUACAUAAGCUUUGUUUCAAGGACAAUGAAACAUGUGGUAAAGAUUUUGAGUCUUUUGGUAGCUGUCUCUGCCUUUUGGAUUGCUCUUUUGCAGGCUGCAAUUAUUCCACGAAGUCAUACGUGGUUGCUACCGAUAUACUUUGUAGUUUCCCUUGGAUGCUAUGGUCUUUUAAUGGUUGGAAUCGGUCUAAUGCAGUUCCCUACCUGUCCUAGAGAAGCAGUUCUAUUGCAGCAUGAUAUUACAGAGGCAAAAGACUUCUUAAGCGCUAAUGGAGUAGAUGUAAGAUCGGAUUGACACAUAAUGGUUUGCCUCGCUCCCUGACCAUUAACCAUCCCUAACCAGUGUACUUGGAGUCUUAGAUAGUUCUUGGAAAGAAUUCCCAUUUUCAUUAUACUUAGUCGUUUUCUAUUUUCUUGAGAGAUGUACUUUGCGAAUUGGAUUUUUUUUUAUACAUAUAAUAGUAUGAAGUAUCUUAAUGACAAAAA